UUCACAAUCGUUUCCAGACUUUGACUUCUAGGUGUAUGACUAAGAACGAGGACAUGUACUGACAGUCAUUUUGGGGCGUUUUAGGCCAAAUUGAAAAAACACAACUCGAGUUUUUCCUUCCUUGUUCCCCCUAAAGAAGAGACCGUUUGGAUUCUACCAACUUACCGCAAUAAGAACAGAAAGCAUGUAUCGAAACUUUGGGAAUCAAGACAGAGGCAGUCCGUCCUACACAGGAUCCGGGUCCGGGACAGUAUCACUGGGAUCCUCCAGCACCUCAACCACUCAACAGGAACAGAAGUUUACCAUGGCUGGCAGCAGUCAGUUUGUACCUAGCCUCAAUGCCAUCACCUCCAACCAGGACCUGCAGUGGAUGGUCCAGCCCUCCCUGAUGCACCCACCAGGGCCUUCACAGUCUCCAGUCCCUCCUUACCCCAGUGUCUCCAGGGUUCGGCCACUGGGUCCACCACUCUCCCAGUCCCAUCUUCUGAGACCAGGGGUCAUAAGAGCAGCUGCAAACACCACAACUUCCACAAGACGCAGGAAUGAUGAACAUUUAUCCCAUGAAGAGCUGGAGAGACGCAGGGUAAGAAGAGAACGUAAUAAACUGGCAGCAGCAAAAUGUCGCAAUCGCCGUCGAGAGCUGACAGAUUCAUUGCAAAGUGAGACUGACGAGCUGGAGGAUGAAAAGUCCCGGUUACAGAAGGAAAUAGCAGAUUUACAAAAGGAGAAAGAAAAGCUUGAGCUGGUCCUGGAGGCCCACCGUCCCAUCUGCAAAAUAGAGGAAUCUGAUUCGGAUUCUGACCCAAACCCCUCUCUUUCAUCUUUGGAAGGCAUUAAAAUGGAGUCUGUGGGUCGCAGCAGACCGGGGCCCUCAACAAAACCACCAGUAAAGAUGGAGAAGCCCAAACCUAAGAUAACCAUCCCCACCAAGGGGGCAUCUACAGCUUCUACUGUCGCCUCAGAAUCAGAGUCACUCCACACUCCAGUUCUUACAUCUACUCCUUCUCUUACUCCCAUUACGUACGGGAUGGUUUUCACUUAUCCCUCUGCUGCUUUAGACACCAGUGCCUCCACCUCAUCCCAUGGUACAUCUCAUCAUGGGAGUGUCCAUCAGUCUCAGGCCCCUCGGCCUUGUGGGAUAGCCCAUCGCCGCAGCAGCAGCAGCGGUGACCAAUCAGAUCACUCUCUGCACUCACCAACCAUCCUCACACUGUGAUUUAUUGCCCUGUGAUCCUGGCAAAACACUAAUGUUCAGUCCUCAUAUAGUUGUAGUGCAUGACAAAAGGGUCAGUGGAAAAUAUGAGUGUAGUUAACAUUUCAAAACGAUUUACAGUUUGUGCAUCUGCUUCAUUUCACCUCUUUAGGAAGUUUGUUUCUGUACUUACAUAAAAUGACAACUAGUGGCAUUAUCAGGAUAUGAUUGUUACACUCUUUAUAGAAUUUUAGAAAUAUAGUCUUUAUAUUUUAAGCUAUAAGGUGGCAUGAGGAGUAGUUUAAGGUACAUUUGUUAAAGAAAGAAUUGCAUGCAGAAUAUAUUCUAUAAGAAUUGUUAUAUACUUAAAAAAAAUAUUGAAUAUAUUGUACCACCAUAUAAUAAUUCAUAACUGAAUUUAAUGACAUGUUACAUUGUUAGAUCCUGUAAUGUGACACUUUACAAAUGUGGAAAUAGAAUUCCUAAAACUAAAAGCUUGUUAUUUUUCUAUGUGUUUUUAAAUGAAAUCAUAUUGUCUAUGCAAAUUAUUGACCACUAAGGCUGGGCCGUAGGAGUUGAAAUACAUACUAUAAAACCCAAUAUUUAUUUGAGAGUGUAAUAUAUUUUUGGUAAUGUUUUUAUCUGACAAAUGAACUGCUGGUAGGCAGUGCCUUACUGCUAUCUUUUGUCAAAUCUUUACUACUUCAGAGAAAAUAAACGGAAGAAUGUGAAAA